UCUACAUGCAGUGCUGCAAGUGUCCACGAGAUGGAGUCAGCAACACUGAGAUGUGACUUUAGUGCUGACAUCAGUCUGACCCGUCAGAAUGUCCAUGUGAUCCACUUCGAUGGUCGAGAAAACAAAAGUACCAAUGUCCUGAACUGCACGUGGGAAAAGGACCAACCGUUCUGCUUGACCGCACCGGGGUUCGAGUUCAACAACACUGUCACUGAUCAUCUCGUCAUCACGAUACCCCGGGUCACACCCGAUCAUAACGGGACAUACGUCUGUGACCUGCAAGGCGUUCAGUUCGAAAACUUUGAGUUGUGUAACUUUGUUGUAAUAUCAGGUAUAAAAAUCUAUAUUUACGAUAUAGAAUGAUUGAAUGAUUAACAAUCCAAAACCAAUUAGUCUUUUCAUAGCAUCUCUACUCCUACUGUUGUCUUAUUUUAGUCGUAAACAAAAAUACUCAAACGAAGUAGAUAGAAAUAUUCUUCAGUAUCUUAGACUGCUGACACCUGUCAGGAGAAGUAAUAAGAUGCUUGACUGUCAGCUUCAGGUGUUUCCCUCCUCACCGGAUCUUUCAUUGCUGUGACCGUCAGCUGUUAUCGUUAUGUUGAUUCCUCUAACACUGAUCAUCGUUAUCAUCAUACUCAAACAUAGAUCAUGUGUACAACAGGAAAAAAAGGUUUUAGGUGAAGCGGAGCUCAUGUUAUCAGAGUCCACUCAGGAGGUGGAUGAGACUACCAAAAACUUUUUGAGCUUUCUGUCAGAAGAAUUCCGGAGAAUAUAUCCAGAGUAUAAAACGAAAUCGUAUCUUGUGCCGUCGCUGUACAUCAACAUAAACACAAACAAAUCUGUCAAGUUUGCGGGGGAAGACAUGUAUGUCACACAUCCACCCGAGGAAAGAUUCCUGAGGUACAACAUGGCGAUGCACCGGGUCCUUGGAAGUCUUCGUCUUCUGGCAAAACAUAGAGAGGAGGUGAUGUUCGUCAUAACUCAGUACAACUACGACAGCUACUUGAAUUCUAUUAAACAAGAAUUUGUUGAACACAAAGAAGAAAGAAGACAAUCGUUAUGGAAACUUUGA